AUUAUUUGGUGCAAUAACGAGAUGAAUUAUUUAAAUAAUGAUGAUGUAAAAUGUCAUAAAAGGUUUGAUUUGAUGUAAUUUGAUUGAACAUGUAAAUGAAAUGGCAAAAACUUAAUCCAAGGAGGGGAUUUUAAAGUUCUAUGAAAAUAAUAUCAAGGAAGAAAGAUAUUUUGAGAAGACAAGCCGAGCCUUGAAUUGAAAAUGGAAAGGGGAAUAACGUGUAAGAAAGGGAGGGUUGAGGGAAGAGUAGGUGGCAUUGAAAAGGAAGAGGUGAUGGACACUUGUAAAGACCUCUUUCUAUUCAUGCAUAUGCCGCCAUCCUACCUUCUCGAAUAUGAAGCAUCUCGAAGAUCUAAAAUUCAAGAAGAAAAUGACGAAGAAGAAAGAAGAAGUAAUGGAGAAGAAGAGCCCCUUGGGGCUCACCUUCCUCCUCCUCCUCCUCCUCAUGGCCUCUCAAGAGACGGAGGCGAGGCUGUGCGAGUCGCAGAGCCACUGGUUCAGGGGCGUGUGCGUGAGCAACCACAACUGCGCCGUCGUGUGCCGGAACGAGCACUUCGUCGGGGGCCGCUGCCGAGGCUUUCGCCGGAGGUGCUUCUGUACUCGCAACUGUUAAAUUAAGAGCCUCUGUAUUACCACUACUACUACAAUAAAGAGACUCUUCUGUUGAAAGUAGUUUUCUGUUUUUCAAAAUAGAAAACAGUUGUUUAACCUAAAAAUUUCGGUUUUAUGUUCUUUCUAACUACUCUUGUGCUUUUAAGAAUUAUUUUCAAAAAUUAUUUUCUCCA